UUCAUCCAACAAAAGAAGCGCUUUCCCUUGAAAAUCUGAACUUUAAAAUCCAAAAUUUAAUUAAACUCUUCCCCCCUUCUCCAUCUCUCUAUCUCUACAUAUACAUAUACAUACAGUAAAUACACAUAUUCAAAGGUAUUUAGUGUGAACUGAUUUCGCUGUAGCUUGAUUUCAAGUUGGGAAAUUUAGCUUUUUGGUGAGCUGAAUUUCAAGAUUUGCUCAAGGAUUUCAUCAUUUGAAGUUGUUAGGCAAAAAGGGAUUUUUUUAGGGUUCUUGAUCCGGGUAUUCUAAAAUUUGGGCUUUGGGUUUUUGAAUUGAUGGGUGUUGUAAAGUUUUGAUUUUUACAAGUGGGUUGUUGUAAGUAUGUGUUGUUUAAGUUUAUAUGAGAUUUGGGGUCUUGAUCGGCGGGUUUUUAUCAAGGGGGAGUAAUUUGGGGGAGUUAAGAUAUGGGGUUUUGUGGUGUUUUUGUUUGAGAAUUGUGUAAAUUAGGUGUUUUUAGGGAAAAGAUUUGAGGGUCCAGUUGAAAGAGGGGAGAUAUUAGAAAAUGUUUUAUUCCCAGUUUAUAUUGGCCAAGAAGGGUCCCUUAGGGACUAUUUGGAUUGCUGCACAUUUGGAGCGAAAACUUCGAAAGAAUCAGGUGGCUGACACAGAUAUUGGUGAUUCUGUAGCCAGCCUGAAGCUAUACUGUCCAAAGGGAAUGAAAGAAAAACCAAAUGCCCUCUUAUAAUUCCUGUGAAGUUAUAUAUACACACAUGCACAUACUCGAUUAUCUCUCCUGAUGUACCUAUUGCUCUCCGUUUGUCGAGCCAUCUUCUGGUUGGUGUGGUGAGGAUAUAUUCAAGAAAGGUGAAUUAUCUGUUUGAUGAUUGCAGUGAAGCACUGCUGAAGAUAAAACAGGCAUUUAGAUCGACUGCAGUGGAUUUGCCACCUGAGGAAUCUACUGCGCCAUAUCAUUCUAUCACUUUGCCAGAAACAUUUGAUCUUGAUGAUUUUGAGCUGCCUGAUAAUGAUCUGGAGGGGAAUUAUGUUGAUCAUCACAUAAGUUCCAAGGACCAGAUUACACUUCAAGAUACAAUGGAUGGUGUUGCUUACUCUACAUCACAGUUUGGGCUAGAUGAAAGAUUUGGUGAUGGCGACACUUCUGGACUGGACCUUGAUGAGGAAUUGUUUCUGAGCAAGGUUGCUGCUGGGCAUGAUGAACUCACUUUUAAUUCAGGCACUGAUCCUCAGUCAUCUGUCAAACCAAUGUCAUCAUUCAAUCAUGAGGGAAUUGAUGAGAUGACUGAAAAGUCUAAAAUCAUGAAUACUUCCACCAGUAAGCAUAUUGAAGAAAAUGAUGGUAAUAACAGUAAUUCCUAUCAAAUUGAGUAUGAUCAGGCUCCACGCACUCCCGGAUUACUUGAAGAGCCAAAUUUGUCAAACAUUCAAGAGACUUCUGCAUGUGAUGAUCAUCUGGAAUCCGAAAAUCAAAAUUUAACAGAUUUGGCAGGGAAGGAGAACUUGAAAAAUGCUUCUAGUAAUUCUGAUCUAUAUCUUGUGCAUAAGAAUGUGGCGAAUGAUUUGUUGGGUAGCAGAGUGGAGACUGAUUUGCCAUCUAUGUUCUCCCCUACUUCAGGCGAUCCAGUUGGAGCAAUAGCUGUGGAGAAUAAUUCAUCACUCAAUACUUGCCUGGCUCCUAGUAUUCCAAAAGGGGUUGAAGAUGUGCAGAAUGGUAAUCACAGUAACCAUAAUUGUCAUGUUAGCUUCGCUGAUAAAACAUGUGAAGAUUGUCAGGAGUUGCAAGAAGUUAGGCCAGGUGAACAUAAUAUUGGUAACCCUAAUUUAAGUAUCACCUCCGAGCCAGUCUCGGAAGGUAUUUUAAAAGAGAAUGAAAUAUUGUAUAAGGUAGAGCUCUCAAAUAAUGUGGAAAGUGAGGUAGAUAUCAUGCAAUCUUGUCUCCUUGACAAUGCGAUGAAAUCAAAUAAAGAAUUUAAUGGUACAUCUGAGCAUGAAAAGUCAGAAACCCAGGAUAAGACUGACAAAUCAAGAGAUAUGUUGGAAUCGGGUGGUUCUGUUCAUGAUCUUGUGUCCUGUAACGAAGAGACGAACCAAAUUGAGUCAUCUGGCGCUCCCAUCAUACCGUUUGAAGUUGCUGGAUCAUGUCCGGAAACUUUAGAAAGGGAAGAGGAUCCCUUCUCCGUUAAAUUAUCCACUGUCGUACGAGGUGAAGAAUGUGGUGAAGGUGAUGGGUUAAAACAAGUCGCCGAGGGGAACCACACAGCAGUAGAGGUUCCAUGUAACAAGUUAAAAGAUAAGGCGGAAAAUGUAACUGCAUUAGACUGCCAGUUAGAAACCAUAAAUAGUUCCGUAUGUUCAGAUUUUCCUGCUCCAGAGAAAUUGCUGUCUGUACCAGAGGCGGAUGCGCUUAACAAUGUGUCGAUGGGGACUACUCCAGCCCAAAUGUUUGCGCAAAAUGACGGGAGUAAUGAUACCAGUGUGACUAUUAUAGGGAAGAAGCGAAGUUUUACUGAAAGUUCAUUAACAAUGCAGAGCUUGACUUCAGUUGACUCUUCAGCCAUAGUACGUCAUAAAACAACUCCGGAAUCUGUUCCUGCUGAUGAUGAUCUAUUGUCUUCCAUAUUAGUUGGAAGAAAAUCUUUUGCUUUAAAAGUAAAGGAAACUCCACAGCAGGGCCUUCCAUAUCUGAAACGUCACAGGGCCGCUCCUCGGUCCAGUGCUUCUAAAAGAAAGGUGCUGAUGGAUGACAUGAUGGUUUUGCAUGGCGAUAUGAUACGACAACAAUUGACAAACACAGAAGAUAUACGCCGAUUACGAAAGAAAGCUCCUUGUACCAGGCCUGAAAUAUUGAUGAUCCAGAAACAAUUCUUGGAGGAUGAUAUGUUCCGUGAAACUCUUUUCACAGGCAUGUCACUGGAAUUGGCGUCUCUGCACAAUGAAACAUAUGAUUUCAGUGAAACUAAAAUCUCUUUGGAUGAUGUCACUAUCAAUGAUGCUUCUCUUGAUUUUGGGAUGAACCGAAGCAUGGUUUCUCUGAAAGACAAAGCUGUAACUUUCUUAGGAGCAGCAAAUGAUAUGGAUCUCUAUGAUGAGUUUGAUUCCAGAGUAGCUGAAAUGGGUGGGAGUAGCAAUAUAAUGGGAGUUAGAGUCAACAAUAAAGCUCAACCUGCUCAGACUCCUGUGCUUGUGGAGAGCCAGCAGGGUGAUGGGCAAAUUGUAGGCUUGGAUCUGACAAAUGAUGUAGCAGAAGCUAGAGAUAUACAAGAUUUACAUUCAGAAACAGUUGAAAUGGACGCUGAUGCUGCAAAUCUUAAAGAACCUGUUGUAGUUUGUUCCUCAUCCGCAGUUGAUGUUAUUGGAAAUGGUGUGGAUAACCGGACAGAUGGUGUUCUCCACUUGGCCGCUGACAUUUCCAAUGAGGUAGAUGCUUCUUUGCAGGUAAAGGAACCAGUUGAGACGACAAAUCAAGAAGCAGCUGUGCUCUCUAUUGAGAUUGAUGCUUAUACAAAUGCUGACAAAAAGGAUCUCGACAUAGAUGUAACAGUGGUACAUGAUGUUCAAAAGAAUGAGGAAAUUCCAGUGAAUGAAAUGGAAACUUGUGCUGAAGUUCAAGUUGAAACAGAUAAUCAGGCAGAUGGUGUUGCACAUACUGAGAUUGAACCAACUAGCCUCUCAUAUCUGGACAUGGGUGAUUGCAGCACCCAUAUCCUAGGUGAUGAACAUGUUAUGGAUGAAAGAAGACAAACUGAUCAAGCGCUAAUAGAAGAAGAUAUGUUCUUAUAUGCAGAAGCUGAGUAUAAUUCCAAGAACUUGGAAAGGGCUGAGUAUAAUGCCAAGAACUUGGAAAGGGGGUUCUGUGACGCAGAAAAUGUUGUAAACUCUUCAGAUUCAGUUAUGUUCGAUGUGGAUCUCAGAAAUGCUACAUAUAAUGGGACCGCAAAAGAAGUUGAUAUCGAUCAAGUCGAUUACAAUAAUCUUGAGUAUUCAACAGCUGGGAAUAAUACAGACUUCUUGAAUUAUGAUGAUGACGAGGGAGCUGAAGCAGAUGAUGAAGAUGUACCUAAUGCUGAAGAAGCACUCUUUAUUGACAACAGUGGAUGGUCAUCCCGUACGAGAGCUGUUGCCAAGUACCUCCAGACCUUGUUUGAUAAAGAAACAGAGGGCGGAAGCAAGGUCCUUCCAAUUGAUAGCCUACUAGCAGGCAAAAGUCGCAAGGAGGCGUCAAGGAUGUUUUUUGAAACACUGGUUUUGAAAACGAAGGACUACAUUCAUGUUGAACAGACGAGUCCUUAUGACAAUAUUAAUGUAUUACCCCGGGCAAAACUCACCAAAGUAGAUUUUUGAAUCGUGCUUCAAGUUUUGCUCUGUUGCUACGAAGGAGCAUUUCUCUGUAUUCCAGAUGUUGGCUCUAACUGAGGGGUAGUUUUAAUCCAUUCUUUGUCUAACUUUAAGCAUUAUAAUUCAUAGCUUACAGUGGUGCUAAUUAUUACUUUACCAAGCAUAGUCUUCUACCACUAGUAAUUGUCGAGGUAAGCUGUAAUUGUGGAUACUAUGUUCAUCUGUAUAUAUGUAAUUAGUAAGUAUCGGUUGUAAAGGACUGAAUUUCUCCAAGGCAGUGUAAUCAACUCUCAGGUCUUUGUAAAGUAUUUUCCAGUAUAAUUCUUAUUCGAUGUACUAUUUCCAUCGAAA